CCGAUUCGGUCGGAGUGGCUGGAGGGGCAAAAUAAAACUAAUACCAAUCUUGAAAAUGUCUGGACGCUCAGUUCGAGCCGAGACCCGGAGUCGCGCUAAAGAUGACAUUAAGAAAGUGAUGGCGGCCAUUGAACGAGUCCGUAGAUGGGAGAAGAAGUGGGUGACGGUUGGUGAUACAUCUUUGCGGAUAUUCAAAUGGGUGCCUGUGGUGGACACCAAAGAGAAAGAGAAGAACAAGGCUGCUGCCGCCGCUGCAGCAAGGGAGUUGAAGGGUUUCCCCACAGACACAGCCUCUGAAGAUGCUCGGUCCGUCCUGCUGGAUUUCCAGGAUGAGAACAGCAACCAGAGCUCCCUGUCGGACACGUACCAGCCCAAGGUGGACAGCAGCAGCAACUCCAGCCCGCAGCCCAGCGAGCCGGUCAGCCCCGCCCACACCUGCGACUUCCGCAACGACGACUCGCAGCCCCCCACACUGGGCCAGGAGAGCAUGGAGGAGCCAUCUCUGCAAACAUGUGAAGUUGCUGAUGAACCUCCAACACUAAUCAAAGAGGACCUAUUACCCCUCACUGCUCAGGAGGAAGAUGAAAGUUCUGGGGCCCCACCAUUGAAAAGAGUGUGCACUGAGCAAAACUCAGUCCUGCAGGCAACAUCUCUAAGCUAGCCCACAAUGCACUGGGAUCAAUCAGCCAGUCAGCAAGUCUGAGAAUGGCUGCAAAAGACAGGGCAAGGACCAGACAUGUUCAACAGAGUGAAUAUGUUUGUAUUUACCUGAAACAACUAGCUUGUACCAUCUUUUCCUCCUGCAAAUGUUGCAUUUUUGCGUAACUCUCAGAUACUCUUUCACCUGAGGUUUUCUGAUGGAUGUUAAGCCAGAACCAAAACCAAAACGCCAGAGAGGGUCACAGAUGUCUGCCACUGGCAUUUUUCUGUAAUGGAAUAAGUUAAAUGAAACAGAAGAUGUAAGGUUGAGGUUUAUUUAAUUGGGAAUUACUAUUUACUAUAUUCAAACACAUUACUUCACAGUGUACAUAAAUUCCUUGUGUAUGCAGUAUGAUGCAAGAGGGCUUUGAUGUUACAGGCAAUUUGUAACAAAAUAAUACAAAAAGCCAUGCUUGUUGUUGUAUUGUCACAUUACUCUUGGUUCAGCCUUGAAUUGCAUUUUAACGUGGUGUCAUUGUUAAUGCAUGUAGACUAUUUAAGAGUGUUGGCUGAUGGGGUAUAUGAUAUGUCAACGAUUACUUCUUGUGUAUGUAAGAAAGUUACAUUUUAUGUGAAUACACAUAUUUUCAUAUGACAUUGACUGUACACAGUACUGACCAUUUGAGGAACGGGUGCAGGUACA